UUUUUAUCCAAUCAAAUAAAGCCACGACCCGGCUAGAGGAUUCCCCAUUACCAGUGUCAACGUCUUUUGCUACAAAGAAAGCGUCAACAGAGAAGUUAAACAUGGAUAUUUUAUUUGUGGGAGUGUUGGUUGCCUUGGCGACACAUGGAUCAUGCAUGUACUCGAGCUCUGAUGAUGUGGUAGAGCUCACACCCAGCAACUUUAACAACCUGGUGUUGAACAGUGACGAAGUCUGGCUGGUAGAAUUUUAUGCACCAUGGUGUGGUCACUGUCAGUCAUUGGCAGGAGACUGGAAGAAAGCCGCCACAGCUUUGAAGGGUGUGGUCAAGGUUGGGGCGGUGAAUGCCGAUGAUCACCAGAGCCUGGGGGGACAAUAUGGCGUAAAGGGAUUCCCCACCAUCAAGGUGUUUGGGCUUGAUAAGAAGAGCCCCACUGACUAUCAAGGACCUCGCCAGGCGUCAGGAAUUGUUGAUGCGGCCUUGAACGCAGCCUCCUCUAUGGCUAAGCAGAGACUGUCAGGCAAGAGGGGCUCUGGAGGAAGCAGCGGUGGUGGUGGUGGUAGUGGCAAGAAGGCUGACCCAGCUGACGUUAUCGAGUUGACUGACUCAAACUUCCAAGAACUCGUCAUCAACAGUGAAGACAUCUGGCUGGUAGAGUUUUUUGCCCCCUGGUGUGGCCACUGCAAGAAUCUCGCACCCCAGUGGGCUCAGGCAGCCACAGACUUGAAGGGCAAGGUCAAACUGGGAGCUGUUGAUUCGACAGUUCAUACAGUGAUAUCCAGCAGAUAUGGGAUCCGGGGCUACCCAACCAUCAAGUAUUUCCCUGGAGGCAAGAAGGACGGAGAGGCCCAGGAGUAUGAUGGUGGUCGUACAGCAUCGGACAUUGUCAGCUGGGCCAAUCAGAAAGCGGCAGAGAAUGUUCCCCCUCCAGAUGUGUAUGAGAUAACAUCCCAGAAAGUGUUGAGUGAUAACUGUGAUGAUAGGCAACUAUGUAUCGUGUCCAUCCUGCCCCACAUCCUCGACUGUCAAUCUCAAUGCAGAAACAAGUACAUCAAGGCCCUUAAGGCUGUCGGAGAGCACUUCAAGGCAAAGAUGUGGGGGUGGGUGUGGGCAGAGGCCGGAGCUCAGCCAGCACUGGAGGAGGGACUUGGCAUUGGGGGAUUCGGAUACCCGGCCAUGGCAGCUAUCAACUCCAGAAAGAUGAAAUAUGCCCUUCUGAGGGGAUCGUUUGCAGAACAGGGCAUUAAAGACUUCCUGCGGGACUUGUCGUACGGACGAGGCUCAACCAACCCAAUCACGGGCGAUAAACUGCCCUCAAUUGAGGCCCGUGACCCUUGGGACGGAAAAGAUGGAGAGCUGCCCCAAGAAGAAGACAUUGAUCUGAGUGAUGUUGAGUUAGAUGAUCUUGAUGAACCAUCGAAAGACGAGUUGUGAUUGGCUGAUAUUUAUAGAUUGCAAUUUUCAUUGGAUAUCAUCACUUAGCUUUUCAUUCUCAUACUAGCCACAUUGUGAUUGGACAAUACUUACAUCUAUGCUGCAAUCUCAUUGGUCAUUGUCGAAUGAACUUUUCAGUGCUAGUUAAGAUAGAGAAUUAUUGUCAACGAAUAUUUCCAACUCAUGAUCAUAAAAUCAUCGAAGAAUGUACUUCAUAGUGCUACGUGUAAGUGAUAGAAUGUUAUAUUAACGACUAUUCCAUACGCAAACUCAUAAAUAAUUGAUUUAGUAAUUCAUGCAUUAACUUGAAUGCUUAUCUUAUGUUAAGGACUGUCUAUUCUUGCAUAAUUGUACAUGAUCUUAAAUUUAUCAACAAUUUUAAACGCACAGUCAUGGUAUAUUUUCAUUCCAUUUAUUUUAUUGUAAUAAUAUUCGUAUGGUUGAGAGGGUUGGGUUUAUUUAGAUUUUAAAAAAAAUAAAAUAUUUUCUGUAUCUCUUUUUAUCAUGAAAUUGGUAAUACAAAAGGUUGAGUGUUAAAAACGCAGUGAAAUGUCUGCUUCCCUUCUGGCAUUUUUUGGCCCAAAAAACAUGUUCCAAUUUUUUGCCCGAUAACUUAAACCAUGACACCAGAGUUAAAAUCUAACAGGGUCAAAAGCAUAGUAUGUGCAGAAAUUAUGUAAAAAAAAUGCUUUCAAUUGAUGCACAUGUUUUUUAAAACCUGAAAUCAUGAAUUUUACUUUAAUAGGAUGAGAAGCAUAGUGAAUUGCUGAAGGGGUAGAAUUAUGUUGUUAUCAUCUAAAGACUAAAGUUCAACAAGUUAUGUCAACUCAUAUUGGGCUCAUUAUGUUCAGGGAAAUGACUGUGUUCCCUUAAUAAGCUAGGGGAUUUUAAGACGGUGUUGUAAUUGGUCUGUAAAUUAACAGUGCAUUUGUGAUAUUUCAUUUCUAGUUCGUUUGAUUGGUAGUGUGUGCCAUGUUUUUAUGUGUUUUCAAAAUGAGAAUGUUCAAUUAUAUGAACACUGUAUUAUUGGCAUUGCUGUGUAUAUUAUGCCUGUAAAAUGGAUAUGAUUAAUGGAACUAUAAUGAAGCAGAACUGGUAUAAAUGAAAGAUACAUGUCAAUAACAAACUUACAGUGCAUGACAGAACGAUAUGACAUAAUAUUUUACUGUAUGUUGUUAAAAUGAUGUGUUUUAUUUUUGUAAUGAUAGGUUUCAAAAGUUAGAGUUGAAGUUGUAUUAUGGUGUUGAGAGAUAAAAUUAAAUCGGAAAAAAAAAUCUAGUCUGUUUAUUU